GGCAGCUCGCAGUUUUGGGAAUCUUUUUGAUAAUUAUCAAAAAACAAAAACAUACAUAACUCCAUAAGCUUUCGCCAAGUUGUAAGAUCUUACUUAAUUACUCCAAAAAAUCAUUUCUAUCCCUGAACCACUCAUCAAAAAUUAAAACACAUCCAAAUAAACCAUAAACAUGCCUCUUUUCGGUCGUCACCAAGAGGAACACGAGCCAGAACCAGUAGUAGAAGAACCACCCAAGCGCAGCUCCUCCAUCUUCCACCGCAACCGUCCAGAAUCCAUAUCCCCCUCCGAACGCAGCACCGCUACCGUCUCCUCAUCCGCAUCUCAAAACAAUACUACCCGUCAUCGAGGAUUCCUGCAUAAAAAUCAGCAAGCUCAAGAUCCGGUUAUUGCGGCUGCUGAACAGAGAAUUAUUAAUGCGGAACAGAUGGAGAGAGAGGCUGAUAGGGCCUUGAUUAAUGCUAGGGAGGCGGUUAGAGAGGCGAGAGAACAUAUGAGACAGCUUAAGUUGGAGAUGGAGGCACAGUAUGUUUUUUAUUGUUUUUUAUUUAUCUGUCUGAUGUUUGAUGUUUGACAUACUGCUUUUGAGGAAGAAAGAUGCUAACUGUUUUGUGUAGGGCAAAAGCCUUGAAGGUUCGACAGGGACAGGCGAAUAAUAUUUAUAAGAGGGCUAAGCCACUUGGUCGUAAGUAGUUAUCUUUAUCACGUUCUAGAAUAUCGUUGACACGUGCAAUUAGGUCAUGAAGUUCAAGGCUUGUGAUGAGUUCAGAAAGCCAGUUGACAUUAACUCAAACUCGAACUCGAACUUUUUUCUUUCGAUGAUUUGUAUGAAAAUUUAGCGGAAUCGGUGUUAGGUGCGGAUGGGGAGGUUCCUUUAAUACCCUUCAACAUUGUGUCGGUUGUAUACUUCCUUUUUAUGUAUUUCUAUUUGGUGUGAGCGGUUCUAGAAAUUUAUUUCAAUGACAGAUACCUUGAGUGUAUG